AUGGAAUCGCCUCAGUGUUCUAGAAAGGGAGACUCUCAGGGUGACAGUGGGCUUCACCCCUGCCACCCUGGACGCUCCCCAGUAGCCAGCAGACCCAGCCCACCCCUCGCUUCACUGUCACCUUUGGCGUGGUGGUUUCUGGCUUCUCGAGGCCCCCGCCCCCUCGCCCCCACAGCCCCGCGCACAGGGUGGCCUCAGUGCUGCCCCCUGGUGGCCGUGCGAACCAGCUUGGGCGGCGAUGACCGCAGGGGGGGGUCCCGUGUCUCCCUCACGGUCUCCCGAGAAGGGCUCACGGCCUCCGGGGGGAAACGGGCAGAGACAACGAAGUACGCCCACAACAAUCAGUCCCUAAAGGGGGGCGGCCGGGGUGGGGGUACCGGCAAGGUGAAGGUUAGUGUGCCAGGAGCUCGAAGACCCUGGGCCGCAAGGGCAGGCGCGGCCGUCCUGCCCAGAGAGGCGGGUUCCUCCCGGCUGCGAGAGCUCCCUGGGGCCUGGAGGGGUGGGCAGGUCUGGGAGGCCAGGGCUGUGUUCGCCCCAGCUCUGUGCACCCCAACCCCACUUGCUGGGCGGCUGGGGGUAGUAGGAGCCCCACCCUCUGAGGCGGAAUUCCUGACAAAGGAGCCUACACUGGAGCACCGGUGCAGCCCUGCCAUCCAGUGGCUUUUUCAAGCUCUGCUACUGAUGCCGGUCGACGCCGGAUGCCAGCUGUUUCCUGAUCCCUGCCCUCUUCCCCAUGAUGUGAGAGAUGACACCUAGAAGAGGCCCUUCUGACACCGAGGGACUAGAGGCUGAACAGACAUCAAAGGACAAAAAGACUGGACUCUAAGAACCUGAGACUGAAGACCUGACUGUUGAUCAAUGAUCUUUUAGAAGAAAGAUCUUGACCAAGAGGGGGACCGAUAAACUGAACUGGCCUCUUAAGAUGCUUAACCGUAGAGCUGGGAGGACUAUGGGUGAGGCUGGGCCCUUGUUAACUCUAUAGUCCUGAUUCCCGCUCAUCCUUAUGGUAAUUCUGGGGGUGGGAUCAUAAUAAAGGGAUUAGCCAUUUUGAAACCGGGGUCUUUUCUACCUCCACGUGGGCUGCCGGUAGGAGCUUUGUGUAGGAGGUGUGCUUUCCGCACUGCGGUGGCCAGCUUGCUUUUUCUUUUCCCAAAUAAA